GGCCGCAGCGGCGGAAAGCUGCACCCUCGCCAAGACCCAGACGGCAGCAGGAGCCAAGCGGCCUGGGUAUUGGCGUCGCCAUGAACUCCUCAGGCGGCCCGGGGGCCGAGAACGCAAGCCAGGCAGGCGGCGAGGGCGGCUGGCAGCCUGAGGCUGUCCUCGUGCCCCUCUUCUUCGCGCUCAUCUUCCUCGUGGGCACCGUGGGCAACGCGCUGGUGCUCGCGGUGCUGCUGCGCAGCGGCCAGGCCGUCAGCACCACGAACCUGUUCAUCUUGAACCUGGGCGUGGCCGACCUGUGCUUCAUCCUGUGCUGCGUGCCCUUCCAGGCCACCAUCUACACCCUGGACGGCUGGGUGUUCGGCUCGCUGCUCUGCAAGGCCGUGCAUUUCCUCAUCUUCUUCACCAUGCACGCCAGCAGCUUCACGCUGGCAACCGUCUCCCUGGACAGGUAUCUGGCUAUCCGCUACCCGCUGCACUCCCGCGAGCUGCGUACGCCUAGAAACGCGCUGGCGGCCAUCGGGCUCAUCUGGGGUCUGGCGCUGCUGUUCUCCGGGCCCUACCUGAGCUACUACAGCCAGUCGCAGCUGGCCAACCUGACCGUGUGUCACCCAGCGUGGAGUGCGCCUCGCCGCCGCGCCAUGGACCUCUGCACCUUCGUUUUCAGCUACCUGUUGCCAGUACUGGUUCUUGGCCUGACCUACGCGCGCACCCUGCGCUACCUGUGGCGCGCUGUAGACCCGGUGGCUGCAGGCUCCGGGGCUCGGCGCGCCAAGCGCAAGGUGACGCGCAUGAUAGUCAUCGUGGCCGUGCUCUUCUGCCUCUGUUGGAUGCCCCACCACGCGCUUAUUCUCUGCGUGUGGUUCGGCCGCUUCCCGCUCACACGCGCCACUUACGCCCUGAGGAUCCUCUCGCACUUGGUCUCCUACGCCAACUCCUGCGUUAACCCCAUCGUCUAUGCGCUGGUCUCCAAGCACUUCCGCAAGGGUUUCCGCAAGGUCUGCGCAGGCCUGCUGGGCCGUACUCCGCGCGGAGCCUCGGGCCACGUGUGCGUUGUGGCCCCGGGCAUCCACAAUGGCUGUGUCCUGGAGAGAGAGUCCACCGACCUGACGCAUGUGAGCGAAGUGGCCGGGGCCCCCAGUCCCUGUCCUGGCUUUUCCCAGCUGAGCACCCUGGAGCCAGGUCCCUGGCCCAUUGCAGAACCAAAGUGCCCCUAAUAAGAUCUUGACUAUUGGGCCAGGGAUUUAGCUCAGUGGUUCCGCCACCUGCCUCACAAGGACCCGAGUUCGAUCCCCGGUACCAAACAAACAAACAAAACAAACAAACAAAAAACAAAUCCUAUUUAUGUGACCUCAAGCCUCAAGGCCCUUAACCUGUAACCUUGGAUAUUUGAUGGGCUGGAGUCAGAGGUUGGGGAUUAGG